UCUUCGUUUUGAUUGAAUCAUUGAACUUCCCUUUUCUUGCCAAUUACAGAGGUCUUGUAUUUGAAGAAUGGAUCUGCGUUUUGACGAGAAGGACUUCUUAGGAUGCUGCGGGAGUACCAGAUUCGCCAAAGAGAUGGCCUUAGCAUCUCAUUUCUCUUCUUUGCAAGCCGCCAUAUCUGCUGCUCGAGACAUUUGGUUCAAUAAGGUUGAUGUCAAUGGCUGGCUUGAGGCUUUCUCGGCUCAUCCUCAGAUCGGAGAAAGCCGUGCUUCCGCUCCGACCAGUGAAACCAGUGCUCAGUGGAGUAAGGGUGAACAAUCAACUGCUUUAGCUACUGCUACAGGUUCUAGCUUACAGGAAUUAUAUGAAUGGAAUGCUCUCUAUAGACAAAAGUUUGGUUUUAUAUUUAUCAUUUGUGCAUCUGAGAGAAGUACUGAUGAGAUUCUUGCUGAAUUGAAGCGACGGUAUCCAAACAGGCCUUUAGUUGAAUUUGAGAUUGCAGCUCAGGAGCAAAUGAAAAUAACAGAAUUGCGCCUUGCAAAGCUCUUUUCAUCUACAGAAAAUGUUUCGUCUACAACUGACAAGUAUCCCACUGGCGUAGCUAAAAAGGCAGAAGGUCGUUUAAGCAUUAUAGGCGAUCAUGUGAAUGCUGCUUCAGAAGCUUCAACUGGAAAACCAAUUCAAAGUCAUGCUAGAAACCGUCCGCCUAUUACCACUCAUGUGUUGGAUGUUUCUCGAGGUUCUCCGGCUUCGGGGAUCGAGGUGCUUUUGGAGAAGUGGAUGAACACACAAACUCGUCCAACCUUUGGAGCAAUGGAUAGUGGCAGUUGGGUGUUUCAAGGGUCUUCAACUACAGAUUCUGAUGGUCGUAGUGGUCAAUUGAUGAGAAUAAUUGAUGACAUUGAUCCGGGGAUAUACAGGAUAAGCUUCAACACUGGGAAUUACAACCCAAAUGGUUUCUUUCCAUACGUAUCGAUUGUUUUCGAAAUCCGGCAGUCGCAAACAAGGCAACAUUUUCAUGUGCCUCUGCUGCUUUCACCAUUCUCAUUCUCUACUUAUCGUGGAAGCUAGGACCAAGGAGGAUCGGCCAAGUCAUGUAAAAUAGGUCAAUAAAUUGGCCAGAUUGGUGUUCUCGUCAACUCUGUGAUGGCUUGUAGAAAGAUUUUCAAAUAUCGUGUAAGUGCUUAAAUAUAUGGAAGUUACUGUUAUAUCUGCACGCUUUCUUUAAGCUGAAAAUCAAGCUUCAAAUAUUCACAAUGAAUAAGCUUGUGUGUAUCUUGUUAAGCAUACCAUUCUCACUUUUUAAUUUCCUAUUUUGUGGUCAAUUCCUAAUUAUAGGAGAAGCUUUUGUUUUUCUGAAAAA